ACAUUUCUGCAGAAAUCUAAAGCAUAUGGAUUAUGUAAGAGUUCAAGAACUAUGUCAACAAAUUCAUGAAAGAAGAAAGCAGUGCAUACACCAACAGGCCUGAACAGUCGUAUGACUAUAUGCCUGUAUCUUGUACAGAUCACUGCAUCAGAAACCAGUCUGCAGUACAUCGUUCUGAAAAAUACAGGAUUCUAGUACCUACAAGAAUGUCUGGGACAACAGAUACCACUAAAGAAGGGCAGGCACUUUCACUGACUACACCGAAAAAUCUCCUUGAUGAACUCAGUGACUGCAAAGCAAAAACUGAAGCAUACAUCCAGACUCUAAAGAAACGAAGUCAAGUCAUCACAAACAGAACAGAUGAGCUCAAGCAGCAGGUUUCGGAACAAUACAAUGCGAUGAGAGAGCUUAUCGAUAAAGAUGAACAAGCUGCCCUGGAACUAAUUGAGGAAGACAAAAGGAGAACCCUGGGAAAUCUCACCAAGGUGAUGAAAGAGCAAAGCCAGGAACUGGAUCACAUAGUGAAAUCAAUCAAAAAUGCACAAAAAGGGAUGGAGCAGCUAAAAUCAGGAAAUAAACAACAGGACAUCAAGAUAAAUGAGUUAAACAAAAUGGAACUUUCGGAAAGGAACUUCAGAAUCAAUGAACCAAAGUUUCAAAAGCUUUUACGGAUUCUAGCAAACCUUACCAAAGAUCUUCAAGCAAAGCUACAACGAAAAAUGUUCCUGCUGGACAACUGCUUAAUUACAUUUGACAAGAAGACAUUACAUAAAAAUCUACUUUUAUCGAAUGAACACACUAGCCUGUCCUCCACCAGCGAUGCACAAACUGUCACGGAGAGCCCUCUACAGUUUGAUAAAGUCUGCAGUGCACUAGCGUCUAACAGCUUAAAUAAAGGAAGGUAUUACUGGGAAGUGAAUGUCCACUCCUGCUCAGAAUGGAGCAUUGGGAUUGCUUAUGGAGCCAUUGAGCGCAAAGGCAAUCAAAAAUCAGCUAAACUAGGAAGAAACCGACUCUCCUGGUGCAUUGAAAUGAGAAACAACCGGCUUCUAGCUUGGCACAAUGAUAAAAGCAUCAGCUGUGGUACAAAACCUUUGAAAAUACAGCAAGUUGGUGUACUUGUAAAUUGUGAACGGAGCACCAUUGCUUUUUAUAAUGUAGAAAACAUGAAAUUAUUGCAUGAAUUCUCCAGUGCAACAGCCACUCUCUUUAACAGGAUGCAUCAUCAUUUUACUGACCCUGUGUUCCCAGCAUUCCGCCUUUUUCCAUCUAUUUCUGGGGCCAUAAAGUCUGAAAAACUGGAUAUAUGCACACCAACAUUCUAAGAUUAGAAAAACAUCUUCACUAUGUACACUUUCUCACAUUCUAGUUAUAAAGCUAUUUCCCCACAGUAUACUAGGUAUUCCAAGCUACUCUGUUAACAGUACAUAGACACAUAAUCAGCUAACCCAUAAGGACUACUUGGUUAAUGUAAUUUGAUAAUUUUUCUGCAUUUAACUUAUACUGCAGACUAUAGUUAACACAUGCAUAGUUCCUGCUUCUAGUGUCCCCUCAUGUAUGAUGCAUGUACUUCAGACUUUUCAAAAAUUUCUACUUUUUCCAGACAGAUGCUGAUCCAGAUAUCCACCAUGCUCUCCAAAAAUCAUCUCGUUGCCUCCAAUACUGUUUCUAUUACCUUAAACUCUCUUACUUUCCAUCCUUAUUCUCUGAAAUAUGAUAUACUCUCAAACUAUCAAAAACUGAAAGAAGCUUGUAGCAUUUUACUUGUCAGACACGCACACACACACACACUUUCAUAUCACUACAUGAUGACUUGUUCUUUGCCUAACACUGUAAUCCUUAUAAUCCUGCAUCAGCUCUAUACCUUUCAUAAGAAUAAGUAGGUAUAAUAUUCCCGAUGAUGCUUUCCAAAUGUUUUCAAUAAUGCCUUCUUUCGCUUCUUGUAAUAAUCUUUAUUUAUGCUACAUCAGAGCAGAUCAGACUUUUACAAUGACCUUCUCAGAUUGGCGGUCUACCAUGAUGUCCUAUGAAAAUUACUCUUGCAUCAAUUAAAUUAAUAGUGAUCCAGCACCCAGUAAGUGCCUAUGUCUUAGUUUUCCCAUGAGAUGUGCAUAACUUCCCAUAUCCUUUUCUCCCCCUACUUCACUACUUCCCUUCUACUACCUUUACACAAACAACCACUCUUCAUUACCAUCAGUCCUCUCAGCUGCCUGAAUGUACCAGCCAGCAGAAAGAGUGUCGAGCUACAAUUUCUGCUUUCUUACCUUUUCAUUCUUUUUAUUUCUCUGCCAACUUGGAUACUCUUCUGUUCUCCCCUUUAAUAAUUUCUGACACUGCUAUAUCUAUCAUGGCCAAAAAUAUGCGUUAUUCUUAGAUGUUAAGUUUUUCUUAGCUAUUCCAACAAUUUUAACCCUACAUUUAAUUUAAGUAUGUUAUGGUUAUAUUAUCACAUUUGUUCUUUAUUUGUAGUAAAUCUCUGUAAUUUGUAACCUAACUGUGGAGCUUUUCUCCCUGGACCCCCACUGAAAAGGGGUAUGCUAGUCAUCAGAUUCAGACUUUCCCAGUAAGCAAAAGCUACACAAAAUAAACAGAAAUUCUGCACAUCUCAGCUGCCUCACAUAUGAACACGAUUUAUCCAAGUCUCUUCUAAUUGUUUUUCAGUUCCUCUCAUUUACCCUCCUGCAAAUCUUCAGUUUGCCUGUAGGAAGGAAACUCCAGUAUAACAAUAAACAAUGUCAUUUAUGAAUUCAGCAAAUGAUUUAAUGUCCACUGUUAUGCUUUGUUUGGGUAGCAUAAACACCUGCUGCUUCAAUAUGGUUCCAUUAAGAUGUUUCAUCUUUUCCCUUAAGUCCUUCUUAAGGGUCUAACUCCAACUUUUGUGACUCACCUAUACUAAAGUCCAUGGCACCUAUGUUUCUGUGAGUUGUCUUCACCGCAAUCUUUGGUGGCUGGUUCUAUAUAUAAUGUUAUUUGCACACAUCAUGUUUAAUUUAGCAAAGUACAACACAAUUCAAAGUAACUAACUGAAACAAAAACUGUACAGGAAGUAAUGCAUGAUUAAUGAGAAAAAGUUCUGUAAUGAAUGACUUGAUAUAAAAACAGGUCUGCAGGACAAGACAUGUACCAUGACUAUACAUUAUAACCUUUUAAAAGCUGUGAUAAGUGUGAGCAGCCAAGCCCAGAUACUUUUUCAGGGACCUAUUGGUAACACACUGUGAUACUGGGUUAUGCACUGAAAUUUUGUACUACUCACCUCUAUUGUGGUUUACUACUUGAUGAAAAAGAGUAGCAGUCAUGCCUGAGUUCACUUUAUCUGAGAGGUAUGAGAAGAAAAGCUGUCUUCCACUGUCAGGCAAGUACUGUUUAUUGUACACAAAAAAUGAAAGUUUUACAAAUAAACAUUAACCUCAUUUAGAAAAUA